AUGGCUGAGCAACCUGAUGGAUACACCGACUCUCAUGUGUACGACGUGACACCGGAUGGUGGACUUGCAAGUUUCAACAAGUGGUUGAAGGAACAACUGGAUGGCGUAAAGGACGAUUCCGCCGUGACGGCUCCCGCGAGCGAUGCUCUUCAACACAGCCAUGCUACAAUCGACGAGCUCCAGCGUGUUUUACUGGAAGCGAAGGUGGUACACAACCGCCAGGUGCCCAUCCUGCGGCUUCCUGUAGAGCUCUUGGGCGAGAUCUUCAUCUACGUGCGCGACUCCUGGCCUACCGUAUAUAGGUCCCAGUCGAAGUGGGCGGGUCGGUAUCAUCAGCACACGUCGUGGAUGCGCAUCGGCGAGGUGUGCCAUCGUUUCCGCGACGUGGCGGAGGACCAUUCUAGGUUAUGGAGUCGCCUGUCGGACGACACGGCGCCGUCUUGGGCGUAUCUCGUCAUGGUCGCGCUGCCCUCUGCGAGCUUCUCUUGCCAACCAAUUGCUUUAUCCCUACGCUUGGGUGCCAGGGAACUCGAUCUCAUCAUCGAUUUUCUUCAACGGCUGUAUUGCCCCGUACACGAACUCCGUCUAACCGGAAAGCUUUCACAAGAAGACGCGCACGACACCCUCUCAUCCAUCUUCUCCACUCGCAGUUUGCAACACUUGCGCACUCUCCAUCUCGACCUUACCACUCACGAUGGCGAGAGGCUCAUCACAACGGGCAUAGAUAUCCCUCUUGUCCGAGAACUUCAUAUGUUUGGUCCUUCCAUUGGAUUGAGGAACUCCGUGUUCGAGAACCUCGAAAGCUUUACGGCAUCCCGCGUCAAACCCUUAGGUAUGCCGCGGAGUAGUGCCAAGCCGUUACAACGAGCGUUCAAGAUCAUGAAUUCCCUCAAACAUCUGAAGCUCGAUCAUGCGACCACGAUGCCAGACAUGGACACGCCCUUCCUUCUGCCGACGAAUCUUCAGACUUUCGAGUUCACCACCGCGUCGACAUUGGACUUCUUGGCGGUGAUCUCUCCAAGUCGGCAAGUCUCCUUUACGGUGCAAUGCCUGGCUCCUCCUCGCGUCGACAUAGACGAGGGCACAUUGGAAACUGUUACCUCCAACUGGCUUGGUCCGGACGUGCGACCCACCGCUGUGAGCAUCCGCAUAUCAUACAACACCGCCGCCCUGGAUGCCGAACUGCGAUUCUGGCGCUUCCUAUCGAGCGCUUUGUCGCAAUCGUGCCCUGAUGUAACUAUCAGGCGAUACAUCGACGAGACAUACACGCUUUCGGAGCUUCUCCGCGGUGUAUGCUUGACGGACAUCGGCGACUUGGACCUCGACGUCGGGUGCGUGUCGAGCGACGACUUGAGGGGGCACCUGAAGGAACUGAUGGACGGUCUACCACACUUGCACACUCUGCGCCUGACUGAGAGUUACCUACCAAACAUCUUCCGAGCGCCCGCCGAAACCGAUGGGCUACGACAGCUGCGAACGGUAUACGUCAAGCAAAGCUCUACGUAUCGAAAGGCGACGGAGUACGUCAAGGAGGAGGUUCAUUGUCUCGCGCAUUGGUUGCAACAUCGGAAGGAUAUGGAUCAACCAGUUCAUACGUUGUUCGUUGCAUCCCGGGUGGCGCGUGGGCUGGAGGACGAAGGGUUUGCCGAGUGGCGGUCGCUUGUAUUCGUUGCACAUGUCAUCUGA